AUGAUUUAUAGUUUCAGCUUAAGAGCAUACCGUUGGGUUCAAUGCAUGAUGUUUGCUAUUGACGCGAUUAAUGAAAAUCCCACUAUCCUACCAAAUCUCACUCUGGGAUUCAGGAUUUAUGACACCUGCCAGACAGUAGCAAGGACACUUCAUGGCACAUUGUGGAUGCUGACCGGUGAGGAUGUACCUGUUCCAAACUACCAUUGUCAUGGACACACUCUGUCAUCAUUAGCAGCCAUCAUUGGGGAUUCUUCUUCUGGCUGCACAAUUCCAAUGGCUCAGCUGCUCGGACUUUACAGACAUCCUCAGAUCAGUUAUUUUGCAACAACUCCUCUCCUGAAUGACAGAAAGCAGUAUCCAUCAUUUUACAGAACCAUCCCAAGUGAUGAAUUCCAGGCCAAGGGUCUAGCCCAGAUGGUGACUUACUUUGGCUGGACAUGGGUGGGUUUACUAGCAAAAGAUGAUGAGUAUGGAAAAGAGGGGACCAAGAUAAUUAAAAGAGAGAUUACCAAGGCUGGAUGCUGUAUAGCUUUUGAAGAAACCAUUCCCUUCUUAUGCUCUGAACAGAAAGCCAAGCAAUUAGCUGACAUAAUUGAAAGAUCAACAGCAACUGCUAUUGUGGCGUUUUGCUUGGAUUCCUACAUGAUACCAGUAAUGGAUGAAAUUUCUAAAAAAAAUAGAAUAAGAAAAGUCUGGGUUGCCAGUGAGUCUUGGUCAAGUUCCUCCAGCCUUUCCCAGCAGAAAUACUUACAACUUCUUAGUGGAACAAUAGGGUUUGCAGUCCGGACAUGUCACAUUCUGGGACUUGAGAAGUUUCUUCAUAGAAUUAUUCCAUCAAUGUAUCCCGAAGACAUCUUUGUUAAAAUAUUCUGGGAAGAAGCCUUUGGUUGUGUAUGGCCCAGUACUGACACCAACCAAACAGCUGAAACAUCAGAUACUACAGCUAAAUCUUGCACUGGGCUGGAGCGGCUGGAAGCACUUAACAAUGCUUACACAGAUGUAUCUAAUUUACGAAUCACUUGCAAUGUCUAUAAUGCAGUGUUUGCUGUGGCACAUGCCCUGCAUGACUUGAGUAUGUGCAAUAUCAGAGAAGGGCCUUUUCAUAAUAGGACAUGUGCCGACACUCACAGCUAUGAACCAUGGCAGUUUCUCCACUACAUCAAGCAUCUACAUUUUGUCAACAGUGAUGGUGAGGAGGUGUACUUCGAUCACAAUGGUAACAGUCAGGCUUUGUAUGACAUCUUGAACUGGCAGGUAUCUCCUGAUGAUACAACUAGGUUUGUCCAGGUGGGAAUGUUCAAUGGAAGUGCACCCCAAGGCCAAGAACUGAUCAUUAAUGUGAGCGCUAUUGUGUGGCCUGCAGGACGCACACAGGUUCCUCACUCUUUCUGCACUGAAAGCUGCCACACUGGCUACAGAAAGGCCUCUCGAAGGGGACAACCUUUGUGCUGUUUUGACUGUUUUCCAUGUUCCCAAGGAGAGAUUGCAAACCAGACUGAUUCCAAUAACUGCAUCAGAUGUCCAGAUGACCACUGGCCAACGUUUGGACAAGAUCGAUGCCUCCCAAGAACCAUAGAGUUUCUGUCAUAUGAAGAGCCCUUGGGUGCAACAUUAGCUGUCAUGUCCAUCAUCUGCUUUUCAUUUCUUAUGAUGGUACUUGGUGUCUUUGUCAAACAUCGGGACACUCCCGUUGUUAAAGCCAACAACAGGGUGCUUAGCUACACGGUUCUCUUGGCUCUCAUGUUGUGUUGCCUCUGCUCAUUAAUUUUCAUUGGUCAACCCACAACAGUGACAUGCAUGUUGAGACAGCCUACCUUUGCUGUAGUAUUUUCCUUUUCAAUUUCUUGUGUUCUUGCAAAGACUGUCAUGGUUGUUAUUGCAUUUAAUGCUAAAAAACCAAACAGCAGUUUACAGCAAUUCAUGGGUGCAAAGCUACCAGCAGCAAUAAACCUUACCUGCAGCCUUAUGCAACUUACAAUCUGCAUUACCUGGUUGGUGACAUCACCUCCAUUUGUUGAAUAUAAUACAAAAAUUCAGGUUGGCAAGAUAAUAAUUCAGUGCAAUGAAGGCUCUCCCUAUGCAUUCUGGGGUAUGCUGGGUUACAAUGGACUUCUGGCAGCUAUGAGCUUUACUGUAGCUUUCCUGGCCAGGAAACUGCCUGACAGUUUUAAUGAAGCUAAAUUUAUCACCUUCAGCGUGAUUGUUUUCUUCAGUGUAUGGCUGUCUUUCAUCCCAGCUUACUUAAGCACUUCAGGAAAAUACAUGGUUGUUGUUGAAGUGUUUGCUAUCCUUUCCUCAAGUGCAGGACUGCUUGUCUGUCUAUUUUUUCCAAAAUGCUACAUUAUCCUGUUAAGACCACAAAUGAAUUCUAAAGAGUAUCUGAUGGGAAAGAAAACAGGCAUAAACUAA